GCUCGAGCCACUGGUGAAUUGACUCUAGUGUUUAGCUGUGAUUCGUGUCGGGUGAUUCGACUCCUGUUGCUUCUGCAGGAUAAUUGCAUCUGAAAUGGAAGCUAAUCAGUUCAAGGAUUUCGCGAAGGAGAUGAUCGAUUACGUCUCCGGGUAUCUGGAGAAUAUUAGAGACAGACGUGUAUUACCCACUGUUGAACCGGGGUAUCUUCGCCCUCUAAUCCCGGCCUGCGCCCCCCAAAAGCCGGACAAAUGGGAGGACGUGAUGGCCGACAUCGAACGUGUCAUCAUGCCGGGGGUAACACAUUGGCACUCGCCCCGGUUUCACGCCUAUUUCCCCACUGCAAACUCCUACCCUGCUAUCGUGGCCGAUAUUCUCAGCGGUGCCAUCGCCUGCAUCGGUUUUUCCUGGAUUGCUAGUCCCGCCUGCACUGAAUUGGAAGUCGUGAUGUUGGACUGGUUGGGCAAGAUGAUCGGCCUUCCUGAAGACUUUCUGGCUUGUUCCGGGGGCAAAGCCGGCGGCGUGAUCCAAGGGACGGCUAGUGAAGCCACUCUGGUAGCCCUGUUGGGGGCCAAGGCUCGCAUGGUCGAUCGAGUGAAGAAGGAAAAGCCGGAAAUGAGCGAUUCGGAAAUUAUCGCCAAACUAGUCGCUUAUUCUUCGGCUCAGAGUCACUCGUCGGUGGAACGGGCGGGGCUGCUCGGUGGGGUCAAAAUGCGCGGGCUCCAACCUGAUGAUGACAAUAGACUCAGAGGCGAAACGUUGGAACUGGCGAUCAAGGAAGACCGUGAGGCUGGCCUUAUUCCAUUUUACGUUGUCGCCACUUUGGGCACCACCUCCUCGUGCACCUUCGACAACCUGGAAGAACUCGGCCCCGUGUGCAACUCCAACGGCGUUUGGCUGCACGUCGACGCCGCUUACGCCGGCUCUGCAUUCAUUUGCCCCGAAUUCCGCUACCUAAUGAAAGGCAUUGACCGUGCCGACUCGUUCAAUUUCAACCCCCACAAAUGGCUUUUGGUGAACUUUGACUGCUCCACCAUGUGGCUCAAAGACCCCUCUUGGCUGGUGAACGCCUUCAACGUCGACCCUCUCUACCUGAAACACGAACAGCAAGGCGCAGCUCCGGACUACCGCCACUGGCAAAUCCCACUCGGCCGCAGAUUCCGGGCUUUGAAGCUUUGGUUCGUUUUACGAUUGUACGGAAUCGAGAAUCUCCAAGCUUUUAUCCGGAAACAUGUGGAGUUGGCACAUUAUUUCGAGUCGCUGGUGAGAGGAGAUGAGCGAUUUGAGAUAACGGAAGAGGUGGUCCUAGGGCUGGUUUGCUUCCGGUUGAAGGCUUCAAACGAGAUUAAUGAAGCUUUGCUCAAGAGGUUGAACGGCAGAGGGGUCAUUCAUUUAGUACCGUCGAAAAUCAGGGACGUUUAUUUCUUGAGGUUGGCGAUAUGUUCGAGGUUUACUGAGAAGGGGGAUAUCGAUAUUUCGUGGAAAGAAGUCAAGGAGGCGGCCGAUGAAGUUUUGAAGAAGUAAAUGAAGACAAUAUAGACUUAGGUUAUUUAUUAAUAGUUGUAUAUAUUUAUUGUUGACCAAAUGUACCGAGGACCAAAUAAACAAUCAGCAAUCAA